AUGUCGAAGAAGCAAAAAGUACUCGUCAUUGGAAAUCCAGAUGGCCUUGUCGAGCCGGACCAGUGGGAGAAAUUCGCUGCCCAGCAUGAAGUGAUUCUUUACGACUUCAAAUCGCAGGAUGAGUUCCACGAGUCUCUGAGUUCCGGAUCAUGCUCUGAAAUCUCGGGCAUCGUUCGUCUCGGGCUGAGAACCCCUCCGGCCGCCGCGAGGGUUGGACAGGGCUGGACGAGGCUAGCCAUGAAGUACCUCCCCUCUACUCUAAGAGUCAUCGUCAACUUUGGCCAUGGAUUUGAGGAAGAGGAUAUCGAAGGUCUCAACAACCGGGGCAUCAAGUUUUACAACUCUUGUGGUGGCAGCGAGUCUACCGCCACUAUUGGCACCUAUCUUACCAUUGCGGUCUUUCGCAACUUGAGCCGGUAUGAGAGGAUGUUGCGGUCUGGGCAAUUUCUUCCCGCUCUGAGAGAGUCUUUGAAUUCUGCCCUGGAUGUACAGGACAAACAUAUCGGGAUCAUUGGAAUGGGUGCUAUAGGGCAGGCCCUGACGAAGCAAGUGGCAGCGCUCGGAAUGCACAUCCAUGCCGUCGAUAGACCCAGUCUCCGUGCAAUGAUAGAAGAUCCGACCAAGUGGCUAGGUCAACCAGAGAUCCAAGUUCAUGACACGAUAGACCUUCUUAUCCCCCAGGUCGACUGCAUUGUCCUGACAUGCCCUUACUCAACCGAAACACACCAUCUUCUUUCGCGAGAACGCUUUCCGAAUAUGAAAAAAGGCGUGCGGAUCGUCAAUAUCGCUCGCGGGAAAUGCAUCGACGAGGAGGCUCUAUGCGAAGCCAUCGAUCAGGGUAUCGUAGGAGGGGUUGGUCUCGAUGUCUAUGAGAAUGAGCCGCAGAUUUCUGCAAAGCUGCUGGAGAAGCAAGAUUUUGUCACUCUUCUUCCUCAUGUUGGGGGACUGACGGUUGAUGCGAUGGCAAAACAUGCUCAGAUCUGCCUCAACAAAAUGGACAAGUACCUGUCUCAGGACGAAUAA